AAAUCUAACAUACCCAUGGCCUCUUCCCCCUCUCCAUCACGCUCUGCCUCCCCGCCACCGCCUCUCCUCCCCCUUCCGCCGCCGUCUCGUCUCUCCGCCUCCCCCUCCCCCUCGCCGAAUCAGAAGCUCCUCCUCCUACCUCCGCAGGGGUCUAAACCCCUUUCCCCCCCGAAAAAGCUGCCGCCCUUCCCUUGGACGCACCAGGAAACCCUAGCCCUAAUUCAAGCCUACCAAGAGAAAUGGUACUCUCUCAAGAAGGGGCAACUGAAGGCUUUCCAGUGGGAGGAAGUCGCCGUCACCGUCGCCGCACGCUGCGGCUUGGACGAGCCAUCUAAAACCUCCACACAGUGCCGCCACAAGAUAGAGAAGCUCCGAAAACGGUAUCGUUCCGAGCUGAAGAAGCCCUACCCUAAUUCAUGGCAGUAUUUUGAAUACAUGGAUCAGAUGGAGCGCGGUCCGAUGCCUCUCAAUGCGCGUCCAAUUGCUGUGGUUAAGUCUUCCCCAAACGUUGCUGCUAGUAAUGAUUACUAUUACAACAGCAAUUAUCGUGGCAGUGGUGAUGUGUCUGAUGAGAGUGAUGAGGAAUGGAAUGCAGGAGGAUAUAGUGUGGAGGCCAUGGCAAAAAGUAAGUCCAAAAGUAUUAAUAACAUAGUACGCAGCAAUGCAAAGAGUGGGAAUAGGAGUAGAAAUUUGGGCACAAUGGAUAGGGGAGUUGGUGGGGGUAGCAUUAGGGAUGCUAGCAUGAUGAGAGGAGCAAUGAAUGGGAAGCGAAAGCAGUAUUAUGUUGGGGAUGAGAUUGAUAAUGAUGAUGAUGAUGAUGACAACGAUGAUGACGACAACGAUGAUUCUUUGGAUGAUUUGGUGGAGGAAAGGCCGCAGGUGGGGGUCGGGGGAGGUGGUGUUGGAACUGAGUUGGCAGCAGAAAUUAGCGGUUUUGCAGAUACAUUUAUGAGAAUGGAGAAUAAGAAGAUUGAAAUGAUGCGGGAGACAGAGAGGUAUCGUAUGGAGAUGGAGAAGAAGAAAAUGGACAUGAUUCUUGAAGCACAAAGAAAGAUUGUCGAUACCAUUGGUAGGGCGUUUGGAGCGCAUAAGAAAGUAAAGAUGGAUCAAGAGACUUAAAAAUGUGAUUGCUUGAUUGUUGUUUUGUUAUGGGAUAAUAAUUGUGGCAACUGCUGACGUAACAACUCCGACAUCAAUGAAUCUGAAAUCUUUUGUGAUCUCCUAAGGUUUUUGCUUCAUGUUGUUUGGUAGUUGUUUACGAACAAGUUUUCCCUUUGUAUUUGAUCUUUUAUUGAAUGAAAUAUUGGUCUACGUUCGUUUGUCC